CUCGUUAAGAGAAAGAAAACGGCGACGCAGAAAGCAGCAGCUAGCAUGGCACCGCAGCUCCUUCUGCUCUUCCUCCUCGGCUCCCUGAUUGGCAGCAGCGUCCAGGACGCGGCCAUCCGCUGUCCCAAUGUCCGCAUCGUCUCGCCCUUCGACCUCAAACAAUUUCUAGGCACCUGGUACGAGAUCGCGCGUUUCCAAGUGUUCGACCCGAAUUUGGGCAGCAGCGGACUGACGACGCGGCCGCGUUUGUCGUCGUGCGUGCGCCUCAACUUCCUGCUGACCGACGAGGGAAAACUGCGCGUCGAACGGACCGGCCUCGACGCCAAAAACAACACCAUCACGCAAAUCGGCGUCGCUGAGCAGAACGUCCACGACAAUGCUAGAUUUUUCUUCAAGUACUCCGACGCCGUGGAGGAGGAAUUGGGGGUGGUUGAGGUGGUGUACGAGGAGCACGCGCUGCUCUACGGCUGCUACCUGACCAGGACCGGCCACAUCAAGCAGGACGCCUGGAUCCUCGGCCGGGACCCUGAGCUGCCCAGGGUGACGGUGGACGUGCUGCAGGGCACGCUGCAGAGCAAACGCGUCGACAUCUCCAACUUCAGGCACGUCUCCCACGACGAAUUCUGCAAAAACGUGUUGCCCGAGAACUCCACCGUCGUCUCCGAUGAUGAGUUUUGAGACGCGGGCACCAGAUAUGGAUUUGAUUUUUGUUCUUGUUUUUUUUUAGAUUAGAAUUGAGGUGUUAGACUCUUUUCAGGAAUUUAUUUAUGUUUCAAAAUAAUUAAAAAAAUUACCUCGA